AUGGCUGAUUUGCCUGAGAAGGACCUCCAAGAUGCCAGAGAGUUGUUUGCACUUUUUUCCACUGGCGAAGACGAGAAAAUUGAGGCUCGGUUCAUCGGCGAUCUAGUUCGGGCCCUUGGAUUGGUCCCAACCGAGGCCCAAAUUGCGAAAUUUGGCUAUAAGGACAAGCCAACUGAACGAGUCAGUUUUGAAACAUUUUUGCCGAUGUUCCAAGAUCUGAUGAAAGACAAGAAGCCCAACAAUCAAGAGGAGUUCAUCGAAGGCUUUAAAGUGUUCGACAAGGAGUCAAAUGGCUUGAUCAGCUCUGCUGAACUACGGCACUUGCUUACGCAGUUAGGCGAACGCCUCUCGGAGAAGGAAGUGGAUGUACUAUUAGCUGGCAUGGAGGACGGACAAGGCCAAGUCCCAUACGAAGCCUUCGUUCGACGGAUUAUGAGUUGA